CGCCCGGCGCCCGCAGCGCCGCCCGCCAGCCCGCCCGCCAGCCCGCCCGCGUGUUGCGAUGAAGCAACACGAAGAUCAACUCCGAAGGUCAUAUAAUGCUAAAGUUACCCAAAGGCCUUAAAAAGAAGAAAAAAGGGAAAAAAUCUAAACGAAAAGGUGAGGACGAGCUAUUCACUGAAGAAGAGCUCGAGAAAUACAGAAGAGAGCAUCAACAACAAGCAGAAAGCGGAGAAGCAUCGGCUAAAGAAAAUGAAGAAUGGUCCAAGUUUAAGGAUCUGACGAGCGGCGUAGACACCGUCCUCAAGAGAACCCAAGGUGAUCUCGACCGAAUCAAGUCCACUUCUUUCUUUCAACGCGUCAAGUCCGUUCCCAAGGAAGUGAAGCCGGCCGAAAAGGAAAAGCCCCACAGGCCGGUCGUCGAAGUCACCGAAGCGGACUUCCCGCAGCUGCUCGCGGCCAAGGCGGACGCCGACGGCGCGGACAAGAGCGACUGCGGAGUCACCGACGACGAGUCCGAGUACGAAGACGAUCAGGACGACAUCUUCGACACUUCCUACGUCGACGCCGUCGAGCGCGGCGAGGUCAAACUCGCAUACGUUUCGGACUCUCCUGAAGACUUUCAAGACGAUGAUAUUUUCGACACCUCCCAUGUAGAUGCUCUCAUAAAGGGGCAACAAUCUAAAAGCACUAAGGGUAAAAAAGCCUUAGACAUCGGCGUCGCCGUCGAAGUGCUCACUGGGCGCAUCGAUAAUGUUACAAUCACCACCAAGCGACCGAAGAGAGUUGUGCCCGGCGACCUGCUUCUAGACACUACUGACAGAGAGCCGGCACCGCUCCCGGCACCGCUCCCGGCCGCGGCGAGUGAGCCGGUGCAGAAGAGCAUAUUGGACCUCGACACCGACGUGCCGAUAACUGCUCCUAUAGAUCUGACCAUUUCAUUACAUACUUCUCUACUUCAACAACAGAAACACGAAAGUCAAGAAGAUAUAUCGACUGAAUUCACUGAUGUGAAAGGUGAUGAAGAAGUUGAGAUCGAUGAAUUUACACUCUUAGCGACAGAAUCGCUAGAAGUUAAGUCGACUGUUACUAAACUAGAAGAAAAAGAGAUAACUGUCGAGCCAGUCUUACAAGAAUCUUGGUCGGCAUUUGAAGCUGACAAGAACGAAUCUGUUUUUGCAGAAGGGAUUGUCGAGGAUCAGUUGGACGUAAUAGAUCCAUACCUCGACCAAGACGAUCCGUUCGACACGAGUUUUGCGGACGCUGUGAUCCCGACGAGUGACCUAGAGCAAAUAACACAAGAGGCGGUUAUACUAGAGGAAGACGACGACUUCGAUCCGCGAGCGGAGGAAGUACAAGUCAGAUUAAAUAAUAGGCGCAAAUCUUCCGUGCGUAUCAAUUUGAUAAAUCCCUCCGGUAUCAGGGAGUCCAUUACUUCCGAUGAAAUCAUAGAAACAGAAAAUCAAACUACGAGGGAUCUUUUAGGUGGAAGUUCGACCGAUUUAACUCAAUUAGGUGACUCGCCUUUGGAUCCCCUCGAUAUAAGUAAUGGGGAGGUAGAUCCUUUCGACACUACCAUAGUAGACAGAAUAGUAGCCCCGGGUAAAGUCGAACUAAAGUUAUUAGAACGAGAGCUAAUCGGAAGCGAACCCACAGCAUCUAUCUACAGGGUGCCCAGCGAUCCCGACUUCGAUCCGAGAGCCGACGAACCCAUACGAGCGGAAAGAAGAGCUUCGCGCCCCGAAAACCUCAUCGUGAACAAAAGCGUGGUGUUUAGCGUCGACGGUAGAGAAUCGUCACAGGUGGACGGCAAGUCUAAACCGGGCAAGCCUUUAACGCCAUACUAUACCCGAGAACUUUCCAUCACUGAGGACAAGGACGAGGAAGCCGAAGCUGCCGAUAGCUUGCCGGAGCUGACGCGAGCCCACUCCGAGGAGGACUUGACGACGCACACGACUUAUCCCGUCAGUAAGCGGAGACAUUCGGAGCUGCCCCGAUCGAGUCACAACCAAAAUAUUUUGAAAGCGAGUGAUCUUCUUCACGGCAACCCUAAUGACAUAGAGGUAAAAGUGUUGACACCGACCGGCCCGCCGAAACUGCGAACCACUUCGAAUCUCGAGUCGGACCCCUUCGACACUUCCUUCGCCGCGAACACUGAACCGAGUAAAACCGAAUUAAAGUUAUUAGCUAAAGAAUUUUCUUGCGACGACGACACCGCGAGCUUCGUGACCGACGUGGAAGCCGUUCUGCUAGAAACUUCCGACGACAUUUUUCAAAUAAAAGCUCUCACGCCGGAACCUCCCGAUACACAAAAUUCUCAAGAAGAUUUCGACCCAUUCGAUACUUCGUUUGCGAGUGAUCUCAAUCCGGGAAGAACUGAAAUUAAUACGAACGAAAUGACAGCACCGAUUUCGACCGAGGUCCUCAAUCCUUUCAUGAUGUCCGAUUCGGAACCGUCCGAUUUCGGAACUGGGGAUAAUCCGUUCGCCACCAGUAACCCUUUCUCGGAUUUCGCGGGAAAUUACGAACCGCAAAUAGGCGACACGGUCCCCGCGGACAUAUUCGGCGGCGCCGAGCCCGAGCGCGUGUGCGCCAAGCAGUUCGCAACCGACGCGAUGGACAUCUUCGACAGCCAGCCGAUGGAGACCGAGAGACCCACGAAGCCGACUGAACUGGAGCUAGUCACCACCAUGGUCGACUGCAGCUACGCGAGUGAAGAGGAAACCGGCGAUUUACAUUCAUCGACGCGACCCUUACCCCCGGAAACACAAAAUUUAAUUUUGACCGUAACGGGCCAAAUGGAAUUCACGAGCUCCGAUCUGCUCGACCGCAUUCCCCCGACGCGGACGCCGAGCCCCGUCUCCGUGCGCGACAUCGCCUCGCCGAGCCCCACGCCCGAGCCCGACGCGCCUGACGACGCGCCCGAGCGGCCCGCGCGCGCCGCGCCCGCGCGCCCGCCGCGCCCCGCGCCGCCGCCGCGCCCGCUGCCGCCCCGCGCGCCGCCCGACGACAUCAACCUCUUCGACGCUCCCGUUCCGACCCUCGUCAAGCCUACCAAGGAAGCUAUCAUGAGUUUAUACUCGGCUCCUAAGAAAGAAGAGAAACAAAUCGACUUUUUGAGUGAUGAUAUUCCAGAGUUGUCUUCCGAUGUAGAGAUCCAAUCUCGGCCGACGGAUAUAAUGCUGAAGCCCGCAGCCGCCGACUCCGCUGACUUGCUAUUUGCAGAGCCGGAGACAUCGGUCGCGGAGAACGCCACGGAACCCAAAACGCAGAAUACUAUGCUCGCUACGCCCACGUCGAACCCUAUCGAAGAAGCGGGUGCGCCGAUGGACUGCUCCGAGCCGUCGCUCGAGGCCAGGGCGGCGUCGUCGAGCGCGUCGCCGUUCGCGGAUGUCGCCGACGACAGCUGUCAAGUCCAACGCGCUAACGAGAGCGACAAAAAUCCCUUUGAAACGGAUGACGUAAAAGCCCAUUCCCCGUUCGACGCAUCCGAUGCGGAGAUACCUCGAUCGGAGGAUGUUAACAUGACGACGAAUAUCGACGAUACCCCGUUUACUGCAAACGACACUUUCACUUCCGCGCCUCACUCUAACGCGGGCGGCUCUCCGAUGGACGUGUUCGGCGUGCACGACGACAACCAGGCGAAUGUGUUCGGCGCUGCGGACGACGCGGCUGCGACAGACAUGCAGACCACAUCGUCCGCCGACAUCGGCUGGAAUCCGACCGAGACCGGCCGAGACGCUUUCACUAAGGUUCAGGAUGCUUUCGAUGCUUUUCCGCAGUCUCAGGAUGCAUUCGAUGCUUUCUCCGAAAAAUUUGAUUCCACCGGCGGACAGCACAUGAACACAGAUGCGUGGGGCGACGACGGCGGCGCGGACGCGGGCCCCGCGGGCUUCGAGGCCGACGCCUUCGACCCCUUCCUGAGCAUGGGCGCGCCGCCGCCGCCCGCCGCCACGCCCCGCCUCGACCAUCAAGACUCGAGAGAUUCCACUGAUGAUACAUUUUCCGUAUUUAUUCGGCCCAAAGAAAGCGAGGCGACCGGGGCGGAGCCCGUGCCCGUGCUGGCGCCGCCGCCGCGCCCGCACGCGCUGCCGGACGCGGCGCGCCAGAACCCCUUCGACGCGAGCGAGCCGUGCGGCGCCUUCGAGCGAGAGGGGCGGCCGCGCGCGGGCAGCGGCGGGAGCGGCGAGAGCGGCGGCGGCGGGCGCGAGACGCCGCCCACGCCGCUGUUCGACGACGACGUGUCGCAGCCGCUGGAGGACUUCCCGCGCGUCAAGUACGACGGGCCCGGCUGGGAGAUGCAGCUGCGCCAGCCCAACAAGAAGAAGAUCACCGGCCAGAGGUUCUGGAAGAAGAUCUUCGUGCGGCUGGCGCUGCAGGGCGACAGCCCCGUGGUGCAGCUGCUGAACAGCGCGGGCGACAAGGAGCCGCUGCAGGAGCUGCCGCUGCAGGCGUGCUACUCCGUGUCCGAGGUGGGCGCGCAGCAGUUCGACCAGUUCGGCAAGAUCUUCACCGUCAAGCUGCAGUACGUCUUCUACAAGGAGCGCCCCGGCGUCAGGCCGGGGCAAGUGACGAAGGCGGAGCGCAUCACCAACAAGCUGUCGCAGUUCGCGGCGUACGCCAUCCAGGGCGACUACCAGGGCGUCAAGGAGUUCGGCAGCGACCUGCGCAAGCUGGGCCUGCCCGUGGAGCACGCGCCGCAGGUGUCGCAGCUGUUCAAGAUAGGGUCGCUGAACUACGAGGACGUGAAGCAGUUCUCCUGCUGCGUGGAGGAGGCGCUGUUCCGCCUGGCCGCGCAUCGCGACCGCGCGCUCACCUACAAGAUGGAGGAGGUGCAGAUUACGGCGGUGGACGAGCUGUACGUGGAGCAGGACGCGGAGGGCGCGGUGCUGAAGCAGAUCGCGCGCGUGCGCGUCUUCUUCCUCGGCUUCCUCAGCGGCAUGCCGGACGUCGAGCUGGGCGUGAACGACCUGCGGAGGCAGGGGCGCGAGGUGGUGGGGCGCCACGACAUCAUCCCCGUCGCCACGGAGGAGUGGAUCCGCGUCGAGGAGCCCGAGUUCCACGCCUGCGUCACGCCGCAGGCCUUCGAGGACGACAAGAUCAUCAAGUUCAAGCCGCCCGACGCGUGCUACAUCGAGCUGCUGCGCUUCCGCGUGCGGCCGCCCAAGAACCGCGAGCUGCCGCUGCAGCUCAAGGCGGUGUGGUGCGUCACCGGCAACAAGGUGGAGCUGCGCGCGGACGUGCUGGUGCCGGGCUUCGCGUCGCGCGCGCUGGGACAGGUGCCGUGCGAGGACGUGGCCAUCCGCUUCCCCAUCCCCGAGUGCUGGAUCUACCUCUUCCGCGUCGAGAAGCACUUCCGCUACGGCUCCGUCAAGUCCGCGCACAGGCGCACCGGCAAGAUCAAAGGCAUCGAGCGGUUCCUGGGCGCCGUGGACACGCUGCAGGAGUCGCUCAUCGAGGUGACGUCCGGCCAGGCCAAGUACGAGCACCAGCACCGCGCCAUCGUGUGGCGCAUGCCGCGCCUGCCCAAGGAGGGACAAGGUGCGUACACGACUCACAACCUGGUGUGCCGCAUGGCGCUGACGUCGUACGACCAGAUCCCCGAGGAGCUCGCCAAGUGGGCGCACGUCGAGUUCACGAUGCCGGCCACGCAGGUGUCGCACACGACGGUGCGCUCGGUGUCGCUGCAGCAGCACGACGGCGACCCGCCCGAGAAGUACGUGCGCUACCUGGCGCGCCACGAGUACAUCGUGGGCAUCGAGCGCACGAGCGGGCAGGCGGUGGCGGCCUACGCGCUGGCGGCCAGCAAGGACAAGGAGCCCGAGCGGCCGGCUGAGCCCGCGCCGCCCGCGCCGCCCGCGCCUUCCUCCGACUCCGACUCCGAGUAGAGCCCGCCGCCGCAGCUGCCGCGAGCGGUAACCUCGGAUAACCUCUCUCACACUAUCCGAAGGUGUUUUGCUUUCGUUUUGUUUUGCUUUGUGUCUCGUGUGAUGUACGCACUAGGAACAUUACAGGGAGAGCUAUCGUCGCGGUCGCGGACCAGCAAAGCAGCAACACUAAGCUUCGGAGAGUGUUUCACAUGUGCGCGAAGUGAUGCAGUGGUAUAAGUCCCGAGUAAUCAUACUUACCUAAUUGUUUGCAAAAACUCCUGUCAAAUAUUAAGCCGGGUACUCAUUAGCGAGUUGUAGUCGUAACCGUUGCAUGUCAUUGUUACCAAAAACCAUAGUGUGUAACCUAUCGCGAGCGGUACCUGUAACCAAAAUCAUAGUGAGUUCGUGGAUCGCGAGCCUGCCACGAGCGCAAUGCGAGCGGCGAGCAGCGAGCAGCGAGCAGCGAGCACCGAGCCGACGACUAUUGGUUUUUGAGCGAAUCCAAGCAUGUUCGAGUGUCUAAUUAAAGCCGUGUCAUUUAUUUCAUUGACGAGCGAAUCUAUAAUCGAUUUAAUUCAUCAUGAGUGAUCGGCAAAUUGACAAAUGCCUUCUGCUUAUAGAAGCCAAUAAAGAAAGCAGUACCAAUCCGCACUCGGCCAGCGGCAGCGCGGUACAAUAUGAGCCGUACUCUGCGAUGAGCCGGCGAUGCCUAUGAGUGUGUGUGUAGGUACCGCGCACUGAACACUGCGGCGGCUCGUAGAUACCAUCACACUGAUGUGGACAUCGCGUGUACAUACUAUUAUAGCUAACAUCGUAUAGAUCUGUAUUAGGUAUCUGUCUGGUUGCAGCUCGCUUAGUGAAAACCCGGCUUUAAAUAGUUGUCACAUGAUACCUAGUUAUUCGUAUUGUAAAAUCAGUUAUAAACCAUAAAUACGCGUGUAAAUUGAACUACCUACCCUACUUACUCCGUAAUAUAAGAAGAUAAUAAUAAAUGGUUGAGAAACAAAAUGCCAAAACAAACUUCUACUAUCAAUAACAAAGUACCUAUGUAAACAUAUUUUAGGUUAGGUACAUAAAUAUGUAAGAUUGAGUAAAAAUCAUUUUGGAUUAUUUUCUGCUUUUUUCCAAUUUAAAAAAUUAAUGAGAAACAAAACUAUGCACCAGCAGGCUGCAGGACCCAACACUGCUGCAUGUCGUGAGCUUGCAAGUAGGUAUACAUUAUACAUAAAUAAUAGCUACCUAUGUCCGUAUUACUGUAUACACAUACAAUAACAGCUGUUCUGUGUAAACACGAUAGUAAGCUAUCUGUACAGUUACACUACCAACAUGGAUUCACUAGAGAUAUACUGAAUAAAUACCCACAUAGGUAUCUAUGCUUUCAUACUGAUCUAAAUAUGCUGCAUGAAAUGAACGCAUUUGUGAAAUGAGUGGAACAGAGAAUAGGUAGUUACAACAAUAUUAAAAUUGCCUUUUGGUGCGGUCAGUGUAGGGGCCGCAUCGCUUCGAGGGCUCCGGCUCGGCUCGAGGCGAGUCGCCGGGAGCUGGCAACUUCCUUGGACAAACCAUUAGUUUGUCGUCCGAAGGGCAAUGCUGCCGGCGCGCGGCGUGUUGGGCACAAUGCCUUCGGUGCGGUGGCUCGAUGAGGUUUUAGAACUAAUUUAAUUUAUAUUAGUUUAGUUUUUUAGCAUUAAUUUAGAUUUAAGUUUAUUUUAUAGAAUUGAUUGGUUAUUGUUGUAUAUUUAGUACAUACUUAAUACUUAUCUACUAGAAAAUUAAUUUGUUUUGUAAUACCUAGGUACUAUAAUAAGAAAACGACAAUGCAAAGUUCAUUAGAUAAAUUAAAUUUUAAUUUAAUAAAUAUUUAUUGUAUCUAAAACGAGAUGUUAUAUAGAUAGGUGUAGUGACGACAACUGAUAACCACCUCUUAGGCUAUGGGCAGUAUAGGCGUCACCCGCGGGUGGAGUCGCUCGCAAGUUACCUGUUCAAAAGCUUAUACCUAUAUACUCGUAAGUAUAUUUUUUGUAUAUUAAUGUAAGAUCGUGUCAGUGCUCCAUCGCAAUAGGUAUGUAACGUAGAUGGUUACACAUUUAAUAAUCGUCAUAGGUAUAGGUAUGUGUGUAAAGUUAAAUUAACUUUGAUUUACCUAAAAAUGAAAGCGUCGACUCCUAGCCCUGCGCACUCUCAUUGAGAUCGCAGGCACAAGCAUCUGUAUAUAAAUAAUAAGUGCGGUAAGUAUUCUAUGAUCAUAAUCAUAUAGUUGUAUAGAAAUAGCAAACUGUCGGACGAUCCCACCGCCCUCAUAACAGUAUUAGAGCUGGUGGCUGCAUUAGGUAGGUAUACCUACUCGUAAGUUGUAACUAUAAUUAUUGUGAGAGGUUUUGUGGAAGCAUAAUAUACAUAUAUUUUAGUAACAAAAAUAUAUCGUAGUCGCGUCGCUUACAAUAAAAAAUACUACGUAAGAGCAUAUCGUGACAAAAUUAUGUAGUAAUUGUACUCGACUGUAAUCGUGCUGGUGGCCGACCGGAAAUUCUUCCCUUAUAUUUAGAUCAAUAAACUUGAUAUAAAGUUAUGAAGAUAUGAAGUUGAAAAUAAAGUCGAUAGGACAAGAUCCUAGAAAUAUAGGUCCAAUAUUAAAUUAUUAAGUUACAACCGCGAAGCGAAGCAAAAUGGUCUUUUUAUUUUAUAAAAUAGUCUUUUAUUUUUGAAUACUUGAUUAAAUAUUUGUACAAAUUGCUUAAAUACACUAUUGCCAUUGAAAUGGUUUAAUUACUUUUUCUGUAAAAUCUGUAGCGUGAUAUGCCUAGCUUUAAGCUUAAACUAUUAGUUAUUUAGCUUUCUUACUUGCUACAUGAUUUGUUACUGUUUCUACACCUGUUUGUAAAACAACAAUGCUCUCAUGUACCUAGCUACUCAACAAAUAUAAACUGAACUUAACUAUAACAUUAAAUGUGUUACAUCUAGUCAUAUUUAUUGUAAAGAGUCUAAAAUGUUAUAAUGUUUUGGUGUCGCGGUAUUUGGACAGCCUCGGGCGCUGGGCGCGUGUGUCUGGUUGUAUGAAGAUCGAGCACAAAUACAAACAAACAUUUUAGUUGAAAAACUUUCCAACUUAAGUGUAUUAAUAAAGUAUUAAUCUUAUAUCUGUGAAUGGCAUCUUGUAUUUUAAUUAUUUAUUGAAAGCUAGGUACUCAUUUUAUAAAACUCUAUUUUCCAGUGUUACUAUUAUAUUAUUAUCAUCAUAAAUUAUAAUAUCUACUUUCUAGUCACUCGUGUAGAAAAAUUUACAAAUUGAACCAAAUAAUAUAAAAUUUUAUCGUUCAUGUAUUGUUGGCGACAUAAUAUAUUAUUCUCAUAUUCAAACUUGUGUAAUAAUAGUUUCCCGACAAGAGCAAUGUCGUACCUAUAACAAAAUUAUAUAGUUGAGAAAGUUGAAACAUAAUGAUAUAUCGAGUGUUGUAUCCGUACAUAUAUGUCACGCGAAGUGCUGAGCGCAGUGAGCUGUGAGGCUCCUCUCGUUCCACGGAAUGGUGGACAUGUUUUGUUGUCAAUAAAUUUACUACUAUUGUGAUGA